UUUCACAAAGCAUUUAAAGCACACAUUGCAUUCCUUGUGACUUUGAGACUUUCUCACUCUCUCACUCACAUACCAUAUUUUCAGUAUCUUUCUUUUUCAUUUACACGGGCCAUGGCCCAUAACGUGUUUCGGGCCAAACAGCAAUCGUCUUCUCCGAGAGACAAAUCUCUGUUCGCGGCGGCAAUAGUUGCGGUUUUACUUGUCUGUGCUAUUUGGUCAUUUACUGAUCCUUUGCCUAAUUUAUCAGGGUUGUUAUACAGUCAGAGUAUUAGUUCACCGGAUUAUUGCCCACCGGGACGAGAAGCGGUUGACCGGAGUUCCGACCCGCCGGAGAAAACAUUCUACGAUGAACCGGAACUCAGUUACACUAUUAACAAACCAAUCAAAAAUUGGGACGAAAAGAGAGUUAAGUGGUUGAAGCUUCAUCCUUCGUUCGCCGCCGGAAGAGUUAACCGUAUGCUCCUCCUCUCAGGAUCACAGCCCACUCCAUGCAAAAACCCUAGAGGUGAUCAUUUACUCUUAAGGUUUUUCAAAAACAAAGUUGAUUACUGUAGAAUCCAUGGCUACGAUAUUUUCUACGGAAACACGUUUUUUCACCCUAAAAUGCGUUCUUAUUGGGCCAAAAUACCGCUUGUUCGGGCCGCCAUGCUGGCUCAUCCUGAAUCCGAGUGGAUUCUAUGGAUUGAUUCAGAUGCAAUUUUCACUGAUAUGGAUUUCAAAAUUCCAUUACACAAAUACAAUGACUACAACUUCAUCGUCCAUGGCUGGCCUGAUUUGAUUUUUAAGAAGAAAAGCUGGGUCGCUAUAAAUGCUGGGAUUUUUCUUAUCCGAAACUGUCAAUGGUCUAUGGAUUUCUUAGAUGUUUGGGCUAAUAUGGGCCCGAAAAGCCCAGAAUACAAGCAAUGGGGCAAAAUCUUACGGACAACUUUCAAGGACAAAACGUUCCCGGAGUCCGACGACCAAUCAGCACUGAGCUAUUUAAUACUGAAAGGAGAACGAAAAUGGCGGAGCAAAAUUCACGCAAUCACUGAUUACUCUCUACACGGCUACUGGCUAGGAAUAGUAAACAGAUUUGACAAAAUAACAGAGAAUUACACGAAGAUAGAGAGAGAUGUACCGAAGUUACGGAGGAGACACGCGGAGGCGGUGAGCGACAGCUACGCGGCGGCGAGGGAGCCGUUGUUGGCGGAGGGCGCUGACGGAAAGGGCGGAUGGAGGCGGCCAUUUAUCACGCACUUCACGGGGUGUCAGCCAUGUAGUGGGGACCACGCGGCGGAGUACGUGGGUGAUUCAUGUUGGGUGGGAAUGGAACGAGCGUUGAACUUUGCGGAUAAUCAGGUGCUACGUAACUUCGGAUUCAUGCAUGAUGAUAUCAAAAGUAAUUCCCCUGUCUCUCCGUUAAAUUUUGAUUUUCCAGCUGAAGACAGUGAAGAAUUCGUGUGAAAGAAAAAAAAUAAAAUGAAUAACCUCAUGUUUUUACUGUAGGAUUAAAAUGAGGUUACUUAGACACAAGUCCUGUGAAAUUUGGAUGUUUUUUUAAUUCAGUAUCAAUGUAUUUGAUAGUUAUU